AUGGAAACAACUUUGUUGGAAAAAAUAGAACAAGAAUUAGAAAUCGUUGAGAGUAUCUACUCUGAUGAUGGAGUUAUAGUUACUAGAGCAUAGGAAUCUAAAAGCCAUGGUUCAGAUCAUGUUGAGUGUCUUCUCAAGCUUUAACCAAAUACUGGGUUUAAUGCUUAGAAAAUCGCAGUGAUUGUCGAAGCUAGAUUAACCUUUCAACCAUCGUAUCCAGCUGAUCCUCCUACGUUUGAGUUCUCUUCUGUCAAAGGCCUUGAUGAUGAACAGAUUGAUCAGAUUGUUCAUAAGUUUACAUAGGAGUUACAAGGCUUAUCUGAUUAGAAGAAGGAGAAUAGCGAUGAUACAGGUUACAUUUAUGAUCUUCAUGAUAAAUUCAGAGAAAUUUUGACUGAAUUUAAUGACACUGUAGAUGGAAGAUGCGCAGUAUGCUUGGAAAAGUUCUGCGAAGAUCAAACUAAGUUGUCUAUAGAAAAAUUCACAGAUCGUGUUGAUUUAGUGAGAGUCGACUAAUGUUUCCACAGAUUCCACUUGAUUUGUCUGUAUAGGGAUUGGUAUAUGACAAGAGUCAAGGAAAAGGAUGAGUUUGGAUGUGAAAUCGAGUAUAAACCUUAUGAGCAUAAGAGAUGUCCUAUCUGCAGAAGACAUGUCUCUCAGUAAGAACUCGACUAUAUCAAGACUCUCUUCAGCAAACACCCUGAAGUGGAGAAUCAUGCCUACAAGUAUUGA